AUGGAAUCCCCGAGAUUUUGUCCCUCUGAUCGUUGUGAACCCGAGGCUAAACAAGCUAUAAAUGGGCAAAUAGGCAAGCAGUCAAAGAAAGUUCUUCGCGCGAAUGUGGAUGACGAGCCUUCUGUUGGCUCACUCUUCAAUUGCUACGUUAGAAGGGAGGAUAGUAAUAACGACAUUUUAUCACCAAAGUUUGAUCCAUCAUUGUUUGACAUUUCUCCCUAUUAUUCUGUCAAGUCUGGCUCUAGCAAGGGCAGUGGCUCCUUUUUGUUUUCAUUCUUGGCUGAUGUUUUGCAAAAAUCGGAUGAUAUAUUUUGUUCCGGAAAGGGUAGCAGAAAAUCUGUGCUGACGCUGCUUUCUAAUUUUUUCAGGGUUUUAAUAUUUUAUAACCCCUCCGAUCUGAUACCAGCGGUGUAUAUUCUUCAAAACAGGAUAUGCCCGGAAUACGAAUCCACAGAACUGGGUGUUGGAGACUCUCUGAUCAUUAAGUCCAUGGCUGAGGCUUACAGCAAGUCUGAUAAAACCAUUAAAGCACUGGUUGCAAAACACGAGGAUCUGGGCAUGGUGGCAAGUCUAAGCAGCUGUACCUCUCAGACAAUUGUAAAACUCCCAGAUCUCACAAUUUCUGGUAUUUUUUCGCAGUUUAGGUCAAUCGCUGAUAUGGUUGGGAAAAACUCCAUCAACAGGAAGCGAGAUAUUAUUAAAAAGCUUUUGAUUAGUGCAAAAAAGAGCGAAGCAAAAUACAUCGUUCGUUAUCUGCAGCAGAAAUUGAGAAUAGGUAUCGGAAUAAAUACCAUAUUUCAGUGUAUUGCGGAUGCCUUUUAUCUUACGAGGCCAGCAAAAGGAGAUUCAUCCGCAAUAGGUGAUGUCAGAAUUGCUGAUUUAAACCUUGAUUAUACAUUGGAAGACAUGGAAGUAUCUGUUAGGACUGCAAUAACAAACGUUCCAUGUAUUGAUAAAGUGGUUGGAUGUUUGUUAAAUGGAGAUACAGCUCAUGACCUUAAAGAGCAUUGCAAAAUCACACCCGGCAUUCCUCUACGACCAAUGUUGGCAAAACCAGUUAAUACUACACACGAGAUUAUACAAUCUAUCGGUUCAGAUGGCGUUACAUUUACUUGUGAAUACAAGUAUGAUGGAGAAAGAGUCCAAAUUCACAUGGUUGAUCAGGAAACAGUGACUCUUUUUAGUCGCAACAUGGAAAAUCUGUCCGAGAAAUAUCCGGAUGUUAUCGAUAAAUUUUUAAAGUCUGUAAAGCCUGGUUUGACUAGUUGUAUUCUAGAUUGUGAAAUUGUUGCUUUUGAUGGAGAAAAAAUUCUGCCAUUUCAAAACCUUUCUACCCGAAAACGCAAGGAUGUUGAUCUAGACAAUAUAACGGUUCACGUUUGUUUAUUUCCAUUUGAUAUUCUUUACUGCAAUGGUGAACCACUGGUUACAUUACCACUGAACAAGAGAAGAGAAUCCAUGCGCGAUUGGUUAAUUCAAAAGGAAGGCGUUUUAAUGUUUGCAAAUCACAAAGACAUGGACUCUCUUGAUGAGAUUGACGACUUUCUUCGUCUUGCUGUUGCAGAUUCGUGCGAAGGACUUAUGAUAAAGUCUCUAGAUGAUGGUGCUACUUACGAACCUCAAAAAAGGUCUAAUAAAUGGUUAAAAUUCAAAAAGGAUUAUAUCGCCGGGAUGUCGGAUUCUGUGGAUCUUGUACCGAUUGCUGCCUUUUAUGGCAAGGGAAAGAGAACAAAUGUUUACGGGUCAUAUUUGUUGGCUAUUUACGACCCAGUGCAAGAAAUAUUCCAGGGUGUUUGUAAGACUGGGACGGGAUUUACUGAUCAGACUCUCAAAUAUUUAUAUGAUACUCUGCAACAGCACAUCAUCCCGUCAAAAUUGCCUACAUAUGAAGUUUCUGACAAACUGGAGCCAGACGUAUGGUUCAUGCCUGAGAAAGUAUGGGAAUGCAAAGCAGCGGAUUUAUCGAUAUCACCCGUUUACACGGCGGCUAAUCGUCUUACGGCGAAUGGAAAGGGUAUUGGGUUGCGAUUUCCCAGAUUUUUAAGGGAUAGAGAUGACAAGAAGGCGAUAGAUGCCACGACUAGUGAACAGAUCCAUGAUAUGUUUAAUAGUCAAUUUAAUAAACCUUAG